AUGGCUGACAUCCUGGCGAGGAAGAAAGCGGCUGAGAGCUUUCUAGCGGGACUCGACACGGUGUGGCAUGCAAACCGUCUCUCUUUCGCACCUUACACGGACGACGCAAAGUUGUCCAACAACCAGAUUGCCAACUGCGAGCAUGUGAAGGAAAUCUUCAAGGACACCCGCGUCUUUCAGAAGGAGGCUGACUUUCACCUGCACGUUUGCAAGCGUGCUCUCGAUGCGGUGAGUAACCAUCCUGUCCUCUUUGCAGGAAAGUGGCGCCAAGGCAAGUCUGCCUUGGUCUCAUCGCUCCUCUAUGAGGCGAAGAAAGGGCAGGGCGUCCACUCCGUCGACGACGUGCAAGAGAAUCGACCAAGCAGCAAAGCGAAAGCACAGACAGAGUCAACAAAUCAGAAACAACCCCAAUCCGGUCGGUAUGCACGGACCACGAACAAAGUCGAUCUCUUCGAAGUGAAAUUCGAUGACGUCGGCACGAUUUGGCUGGCAGACACGCCUGGGCUAGAGCCAGAUGAAAAGCAUGAUAUUAUGCAGGGCCUCCGUGAGGAGCUCAAGAAGCGUCAGCGCAGCGAGCAUGUGUUCACCGACGUCAUUGUUCUUGUGAUUGCUGGCCAUUCCGAAGGUCUGUCAGGUCUGUCGUCGACCGAGUUUAUGGACUGGCUGAAGGACACCUACUCAAAAGCACGAGAGUCUGCAAGCAUGCGCUGUGUCAUCUUGCCAGUGCUCACUCAUGGGGACACGAUGGACAUGGACGAGAUUGCCUCAGAUCUUAGCCAAGUGAAGAGCAGGCUGUCUGAGGUUGCAGCCAAGCACAAGGGCAGCAAGGCGGUAUCAUGUGGGGAUACCCAGGCAGAGAUUCUCGACCCCUUGAUUGUGACGAACUAUGCGUGGUACUCUUCGGGCGAGGUGAAGAGGGAGGGCAAGAAUGUGGAUUCGAUUCUUCGAGAGAUCCACGACCAGGUGCUUCAUCAAAGCAGUACGCGUGGCUUCUUCUUGCAGUGGUCCCAGUUCUUGACAGAGGAUCUUCAGAGGAUGGUGGUGCAGUUCCAAGCAAAGCAUGAGGACGAAGAGACCGAGCGACGCCUUUUCCAUCGCACCUUGGCUGCCAUCCUUGCCACCUACAACCAGCAGGCAUUCAACAUGGAGUCUGCCUUUCCGAAGCCAGCCUGGAACCUCCUUCCAACCUUGGAGCGCCAACUUCGGGGAGAGGAGUCGCAGCAGGAGCGCUGGCAAAGGUAUGUCGUGGCAAGGAUGCCAACUACGCCAAGUGCAUUGCUCCCCUUGAGUGCUCUGGUAGUGUGUGGCCCAGCAGCGUGGAGGUACGGGCCUCGCGUGAUGUCCAGAAUUCAGAAACUCUGCAAGGGGGUGUUCUUCGGCUCCCCGUAA